AUGUUUUUAGGUAUUUUGCUGUCUUUCUUGUCAUUCAGUCAAUUAUUGCUUACAUCAGCUGAAACUAUCAUAGCAUUACCUUUUGAUCAGCAAUUACCAGAUGUUGCUCGUGUUGGUGAACCAUAUACGUUUGAGUUGAGUUCAGAGACUUUCAGGUCAGACAGUGGUAACGUGGUUUAUUCUGCAAGCGGUCUACCGUCUUGGUUGUCCUUCGAUCCUUCAACUUUAACAUUUUCUGGUACUCCAGACAAUGCUCAGAAUGUGAGUUUCACGCUUGCUGGUACAGAUGAUUCUCAAAGUUCUACUUCUGAGCAAUGUGAUAUUAUUGUUUCAGAUAAAAUUGGGCCGCGGCUUAAAUCUGAAGAAUAUCUGUACCAGCAGCUUGCAGAAUCAGGAAACACUAAUGGUUAUGAUGGGUUUGUCUUGAAAUCACAGGAAAAGUUUAUGGUCAGCUUUUCCAAAGAUACUUUUAAUUCUAAUAACAGUACUAUUGUUGCCUAUUAUGGUAGAUCUUCUAACAAAACAUCCCUUCCUAUAUGGUGCACAUUUGAUGAAACCAAUUUGACUUUUUCUGGUGUCGCCCCGGCAAUUAAUUCGGUGAAUGCCCCAAGUCAAGAGUUCGAUAUUUCUCUAAUAGCGACCGAUUAUGCAGGCUAUUCGGCCGCCUACGGUAAUUUUCACCUUAUUGUAGGUGGACACUAUUUGGUCUAUGAGAAUAACAGUACGUUGUUGAUUAAUUCCACCGCAGGAAAGAACUUCAGCGAAAAAAUUCCUCUAGACUCAGUUUAUCUUGACGGUACUCAAAUAAAUACCUCAAAUGUAUCUUCGGUUCAGCUUAACGAUGGACCGGAAUGGGUUUCAGUUGUGGACAAUAACACUUUAGUUGGUAAUGUGCCCAAAAAUGCGGACUCUACGACUUCAAUGAAUGUCACAGUAACUGAUGUGUAUGGUGACAAUGUAUUCAUAUCGUUUGAAGUUGAAAUUGCGAACAAGGUAUUUACUAUUAAAACCUUACCCAAUGUUAAUGCAACCAGGGGCACAUUCUUUAAUUAUACUAUUUCCAACAGUACCAUACAGAGUCCCGGCUACACUAAGUUGACGGCUUCAUAUUCAGAAUCGAAUAGUACAGAGAAGGCUAAGUCAGUUUAUUAUUAUAAUAAAGCUGUUGUUGGAUCGGAUUCAACAUCGGAUUGGUUAGAAUUUCACACAGAUAACAACACAUUUAACGGUUGGGUGCCUGAUAAAUUUAAGUCUACACAAGUUGCUUUAAAAGGGCAGAUGAACGAUUUAACUGAAACUAGGUACUUUGAUAUCAUUGGUGUUGGAACAGUAUCUUCCUCCAGCACAUCAUCGAGUACCACAGGUACACUGAGCUCCAGUUCUGCUCCCACUGCGACGUCUUCAAAACCUUCUGCCACAUCUGUAGCACACACAAGUCAUUCUUCCGAUGUGAAUAGAAAGUUGGCAAUUGGUUUAGGUGUCUCACUCCCUAUUUUGGCUAUAAUCAUCGCUGCUGGAAUAUUUUACUGUUGUUGGAAGCGCAGGCAUUAUAAAGAUAAUGAUGCAGAAAAAGAUGUCAUGACUGUGUCGAACACUCCGAAUGGUAAUGCGGGAGGACCUGUUGGUGGAGAUAAUGAAAGUAAUGCUACUCUUAGCUCUCCGGAUACAUCCGGCCAAAAGACAACAAAUGAUAAUACAGAGAAGAUGGAUAGUGGAUCUAAUGGUUCUACUUCAUCUUCGAUGACAAACGUUGAUGCAAGUGGGAAAAAUCUUAACACAUCGAUGUCUGGUACCAUAAUCAAAUCACGCUCUAACGCAGGCGGUUCUGGUAGCAAUAAGCAAGGCAGUGGCAGCUUUGGACAAGCUAAGAUUAAGAGUCAUGGUUCGGAUAUUGUCAAUUCGUGGAGAAGAACUUCUGGAAAAGCAAAUUGGAGACCAAGAGAUUCAUUGAAUUCUCUUGCAACUGUUACAACAAAUGAUUUAUUGACAAUGAAUGUUGUUGAUGAUCCGAACCUGCAACGACGAUCUCAAAUGAAUCUCAUUUUGCAACCUGGAACUUCUCCUGAUUUGAAUGGUAAUAAUCUCAGCAACACAAAUCUUAUAACGAGUUACAGAAAUAGUCGGGUGAAAAGCAUCGCUCGUAGUACAGGUGUGAGCUCAAGCAACCCCGACAGUGAGGAAAACGGUGCCGGGGCUAGCGUAAACACAUCAUCGCCGUUAACACCAUCUACUACACAACAAAGCUAUUCUGAAAGUGCAUAUUAUAGCGUAUCUGAUCCUUCUUCCAACAUAGAACUCUUAACUUCUACAUCAAGUCAAGGUUCAAAUGAUGUUAAAGAUGGUGAUCAUACUGCCACUACCAAUUCUGACAGUACAGGAAUCGGUACAUACUCCUCUAGUUCAACGGGUGUUAAUUCGUCAUCCUCGACAACCACUUCUUCCUCACAUUUCCCUUCAUCUUCGUCUUCAUCGGCACAGUUGGUGAAUUUUAAUCAACGUAGAUCACCUGAAAGACGUGUGGUAACGCCAACAAGAGUGGAUGAUUCUCCACGACGGGGAGUCAUCGAAAACUAG